CUCAUUUCCGUCCUGCGCCCGCGUUUGCCCCCUCUCUCCUUCACUGGCCCCAACUAAGCUACUGUCCAGGGACAGUUCUAUUCGCUCUAGACCUCAGUCUGGAACGCCUCCACACGUCCUCCACUACACAACAUCUGUAUCCUUCUAUCAAUCGCGGCGUCAAAGAACAUACAGACGUACACGUACAACCGUAUCAACAUACGCUCACAAACACGCACGCACAUGUAGACGCACACAUCUACACAUUGCUACUCAACAAGCCCAACAUCGCGACUAUCCUCAUUCGGACGUGACCACGCUGUCCUAACACACAUACGCGAAUCCUAGCUGGAGUCGGAAGCUCGGUGCGCGACUCUCAUCCGUCUUCCGCCAUUCCAUCGGCUGCCCUGCCUCCUUUGCCAACCAACACCUAGGCAUCCGCACACUUGGUCGUACAGGCUUCACUUCAAAAAGGACAGCCUGCCACCUACCAAGGCGUACUCCCUACGCCACCUCUGAACUCCGGCCCGAACAAACCAGAUAACCGCCAAACUGUCUCCCAUCAUACUCAACCGCAACCUCCACGUCCCGCCGCCGGUCUAUGAUCGCGGAGCCAUGGCUGGAGACCGGGCAAGCCGGAAGCGAAGAUCUAGCAGCAUUGUCUACCACGAGCCUCCGGAGUCGAUCGAGCAGCUCAGCGAUCAGGCUGCGCUGCCAAACCUGAACGCCGAAUGGGUCAAUGCUAAAGGUACGUGCGGUCUUGCUUGAUACCCCCGCAAAGAGGAAGCAGAUAUGCAAAGAAGACACGUACAAGAAUGGGAAGCCCACAAGGAAGAUCAAUGCGGAAGGAAGAAAGAACCACGGGGGCAUGCUUGGGGUGGAUCGAGGGGAGGCCGCAUCCUCUGCGAAACCGGCGUGUUGCGGCAAUCAAUACCAUGCCAUGAGGUCUGAAGGUUGCUGGAGCUUACGCCUUUCUAUCUCGUCCUUCUGCUCCCUCCAUGCCCUCUUCACGCCUUCCCAGUCGGCCUCCAGAUCCAAGUCUCUCGCAUCAUAAACCCUCACCUCCGGCAAGAAUACUAACAAUCGUUGGCGUAUUUCUAGGCGCUUGGUUGAUCCACCCUAUUCUCAUUUUCUGCCUGAAGAUCCUCUUUGACAUAAUGCCCGGCAUCACACAGGAGACGUCGUGGACGCUUACCAACCUGACAUACAUGGUCGGCAGCUACAUCAUGUUCCACUGGGUGCGCGGCAUCCCCUUCGACUUCAACUCGGGAGCGUAUGACAACCUCAACAUGUGGGAGCAGAUUGACAAUGGCGAUCAGUACACUCCGACCAAAAAGUACCUCCUAGCCGUGCCCAUAAUCCUUUUCUUAGUAAGCACGCAUUACACGCAUUACGCGAUCGGUACAUUCAGUCUGAAUCUGUUGGCGACGAUCGCUGUCGUCAUCCCAAAAUUACCUGCGCUACACCGCCUCCGCACGACCUUCUUUUCAGGCCCGCCUGAGGACAGGUAGCCACCUCCCGUCUCCUGCAAGAACGAGUAAAACUUUCCUUUACCCAACGUGAUACCCCUCCCAUUAAAGAAACAAAACCUUUGCAUAGAUACUGGGGCCUCUUUUCUCUCCUUCUAUAUUUACUUAUCUCUUCUCUCUGUGGGUGAUACGUAAAUCUAUAUCUCUCUCCUUUUUGUUUUGAUUACAAGCAAUGCAAACAUCAAGUGGAAAAGCAUGGGCAGUUGAUGAGGUGUGGUUGGUCCAAAACGGGUUUUGUGCAAGAUCGGUCAGACAAGCAAUGGCGUUUGAGAACUUCGUCGCUGAGUGUCCUUUCCCUCGAUCUUUGGUUUCUUUCUCAUCGAGAGAGAUAGACCAUCUUUCCUUUCCAAACCUCUUACUUUGGCCGGUCUGUUUUAAUACACAAAGAGCAUAUCUGCUUACUACUCUCUAUCACUUGUAAAGAAGAAUGCGUUCGAGUUCUGCUGAGUCGGAAAAAAAAACGACGCUCCUUUCCAGAAGGUUGGUGACCUUGUACGUUAAGUGUAUCAUGCGAGAAUAAGAAAGCCGUCUCUAUCAA